AUGGUGUGGAAAAUGAUUCGGCAGUGUGGGUAAUCAACUUCAUCAUCUUCUCAUCGUUUUUGGGAAAAAUCGUAUUACUGAGGACAGUAGGGCCUGUGGAACGAUGACAUGUAGCAUUGCUCUUGGGUUAUUUCGUUCGCUCGCAUGGUAAUGGUAGAAUGUUAGAGAUUUUUAUUCGCAGAAUGGAAAUGGACAUUUUUCACAAUAUUUAAAUACUAAACUUACUGCAGAUUUACAAUUUUUCUUCCAAUAUAAAGGAACAGAUUCGCAGAUUCUGGGACACAUUUUGCCCCGUCCUAGUCACACGUAUACACAAGCAUGGGAAUGAAUGAUUGGAAACGAAUUGGGGUAGAAAUUGGUAAUCAGCUCGAUGUCAGCAUUGAUUAAUGGAUUGAUGAUCGAAUUAUUAAUGAUUCAGUGACCCGAGACGCUUUUGCUGGUUUGACUUUCGGUCGUAAACUCAAUGUUGAUGAAUGUUGUGGUUUGAAUGAAGUCUCGUACAAGGUUUCAACAUUGUUAAGCCCAUUGAUCGAUAGCUUAGAUUCCGGUUUGUACACCUUCCUGUACUAAUAUUGAGGUGGAAACCAACGCUUUUCACCUUACAAAGGAAGGAAAACGAAAUCAUUUUUCUAUGCAAAUUUUCCAUUUCAUUAGUUCCAACAUGCAUGUUUGACCAUCCUCGUGGUAACUUUAUGCGUCUAAUUAGCAUGGACACUCCUGCGGCAGCUCAAGCAACGCACCCAAACGUGGUUCACUAGAUAAAGAUCGCUCACCACCAUCGACGGGGUGCGCGCUCUGAUGACGCACACGUGCUUCUAUCCCAAAGUCAUCGAGCUAUUUUGACAGGUAGUGCGCAGAAAUGGAAUUCAUCCAUCAUCGUGUCACCGGUGGCAGUUGGACGUAGUACCACGAAGCUCACACAGUACACCGUACUCCGAGCAAGAACCAUUGGCAAACAGGAAAUUUUCAAUUUUCCUCAUGGAAACGGUGGACAAGAUUAUACUACAGCCAACGAACCCAACGAACACUGAAGCUAGUGCUAGCCGAACCCUCCAGGAAACGGAGCAUGACGACGGGAUUCUUAAGGACUAUCUACGCAACAGCUCGUUUCCAAUUGUCCGGUACGUAUUGGGAUCGGAUUUGCGUGUUACGCUGAAAGUGUUCUGGCUCGUUGUGGCCGUGUGUUUGUUGGGACUGUUUGGUAUCGCGGUGGUGGUUAACUACGAGCGACUUAAGGAUCCUUCCAACGUGUAUCUUACGGAGGCGGAAAAGGCACUACCCAUGUGGAGCAUACCAUUCCCUGCAGUUACUCUAUGCCCUGGGAAGGGCAGAUGCGUUAGCGAUCCAUUACAGUUGGAGCAGUUUUGUGAGAUGAUUUGUUGGCAGGAUGUGUGCACGAACGAGUGUGACAGAUUGUUCGACGCUGUCCGCACGGAGCGAGGUAUUUGCUACACGUUCAAUGCAGUUACAGGCGAGCAAAUCUUCAGGGCAAAUAACGUGGUCAACGUAAAGGAUCUCUCCUACGCAUCAAGGCCCACCGAAAACUGGGACUUCCUCCGCGGAUUACAGAUCAUCACUAGUGUGCUGGUGAAACAGUAUCCAUGGGCUGCGCAAGGCAUGUCCGACCGCUACCGAUUGAAGAUCACCAUCUCCAGCGGACAUAAUGAAACACUUUCCGACUGUACCAAUCCAUCAUUAGAAGCUUUCGUUCAUUCACCGAUCGAUUUUCCGUACAAACCAAUAAAUCCUACGGUCAUUCCACUCAGCGCCGUAGUACAGUUGCGUGUCUUUCCCAAACUUGUGCGAUCACAGCGAUACCUAAGGUACUUCACCUCGUCUACAACGGGCUGUAUAUCGCAGGUAAAAAAUCCUCUCAAACUGUUCUCCAUAUACACGCCAAACAACUGCGAGAUGGAGUGCCACACAGAAUACUUCCUGAUGAAGCGAGGAUGCGUGCUGGAUCACAUGCCCAGAAGUCGCGCAAUGAAUCUCUGCAACAGUACCACCAACUAUCGGCCAUACGAUGUGCUAGAUAAGAUAGUUUCCGGUAAGUUGCGUGAAGAAGGCAUCCCCAGGUCACAGUUCUUUCGGCGACUGUGUAACUGCUUGCCCGCUUGCAUUGAUUUUCGAUACAGAGCAGAGCCUUCGUCGUAUACGGUUGCUUUGGAACCAUGGACGAUGGAGAACAGUACGGAAGGUUUGAGCUCACAGCUGGUGGUGGAAUUGGCCGAAGAUCACUUCUAUCCUCUAGUCCGUAGUGUUCGGUACACCGUGCUAGACUUUGUGGGUGAUUUCGGUGGACUAAUAGCGUUGUUUUUAGGUAUUUCGAUUGUUUCUCUAGUAGAAGUGUUCUUUUUCUGUUUCCUAAAACCGGUAGUAGUGAGAUAAGCAUAAGUCUUGCUAGAGAGUUGUCGCCUUCUUUGCACUUGUGGGACAUAAUUUUACUCUUCCCAAGUACUAUUCCACUCGAAGACCUAUUAGGCGGUAUUUGAAGAUUUUAAAGCCUCAAAGUAUGCUACUUAUAACAUUUCUUGUAAAAAUAGGGGUCCGGCUUUUAAUUUGACAUUACGUUUCAAAAUAUAUUAUUAAAAAAUGAGCAAUAAAAAGAUUGUUUUUUGAUGAAACAUUUCUUUCAAAACUGUAGUCCCUUAAUGCAAAAAAAAACACCCAACGCUUCAACCUUUUCCCGCUAGAUAACCAUCUCUUCCUCUUUCCAUUUGUUUCACAGCAAACUCCCCCAAAAACCAGAACCACUUUCACGUCAUUACGUGCACUUUAACCUAGAGAAUGAAUACCAUAUGAGCACAUAAAAUCCGACCUCUUCCCAAAAACCGCAUUUCACCUACACGCGGCGCAAUGGGACAGUUUUUAUUCGGCCAUCAAAACUCGUUAUCAGCCUAAUGGAUGGCGCGUCCCAUAUCAAUAAACCCUUGCACUUCCCUCCCCCGGGUUAGCCACAAAAACCUUCCGGGGUACAUGUACGGGGCACGAUACGCGUUUAGCUAUUACUAGCUGAAAAAUAUCCCUUCCAAAACUCCGAAAGCUUCGUGUAAGUUGGAAAACGAUGGCGAAACACUACACGACACUUCCACCCAAAAAUCGGACACCAAUACUCCCACCUCGUUAGCUGCCGCCUGGCCCUUUUUAGAAAGGGCAAUCAUGACGUACCAUAUGGAACCUGCUGGCCGUAUGUCGGUUUGGUAAACCCUUUAACAUUAAAUUUAUUUUAAAAUAAACCCCUACCAUCUCUCUUGCUCCGGAAUGACCUUUUUACCCAUGGUCCGGUUUUUCGCACGGAACGUCCUUGCGUACAUCUUCAAAGGGAAAACCGCCCUUUAAACCAGUGCUGCGGCGGUGGUUGUGCAGUCGUCUCAUUUUCGUGGGCACAUAAAAGUAAUAAGGAUAAUAAAUAAUUUUAUAACCUUUUCUCGUACUCCGACCCCCCUGCCCUACAGUGCCCUGCCGAAUGCGAAGCAUUCCUGUUCUCUCUUUUUCGAUGGAUUCUUUGCGGAGGUUUGGAAUUUCGGGGUAAUUUUUCGGCCGACUAGUCGAAACCAAAAAUUGUCUUACUGUCGCCGACCGUAGAGUCGUGUGCCACAGUCCAUAAAUCUCAAUUUACUGAUUCGGCAGUAGGUUUAUGUGGACUGCAGGAUUAUGGAUCUGCUAACCUGGGGUUGAGCUAGUCCUGCGUUUUGGGCGAUCUCUUUAGUCAGGACGUCGACGUGGACACCAGUUUUGUUUUACCGUACUCGGACUGGAAUAUUGGAAUCGAAACAGGCGGCCCCUUUCUUCGAGAACCCGGAUGCCUUUACUGUCCGAAAAUAGCUUCCUGGUCGGCUAAACGCGAUCAGGGACAUUCCUGUGAACGUUCGCUACUGUAAGUCAUACCGAUUGGCAACCGAUGCUGACAAGCUGCGAAAGUUAAACAUGUGCCUUCCGAUCCCUUUUUCCCCGGUAGCUUAAUUCCCAGCGGUACGCUUCGGGUCAGCGAGCAGGGUUUCGCAGAAGAGAAGAGUUAAGUUAAAGAUUCCGUUUGAAGGAUGUAUUUAUUUGCCGACAGAGCACAUCGGACGGGUUUGGGCAGUGUACAGGAUUGUGAAGUACCCGAAGCUCUCGGUCUAUCUAUAUUAGCCAGAAACCUCGCAGAUGGAAUGACGGAAGUCAAUUAUAGCGUUACAUGGACCUUUGGCUGUUGGUUGGAUGGGUGACGAGACUUCUCAGGAGAUCACAAGUCCGACCAAACGCAAUUUCGUUGGUGGUGUGUUUGGUCAAGAGGAAAAUUGUUUCCCAAAAACCAAAGGAAACUACAUUUGUCCGGCGUGGGACACUGCAUAUCUCUGCCAAACUAAACAAACUCCCAUUUUCAGACAGAGUGUAUUUGUGUGAGUUUAAAAUUGACAUCAAAUAGUAAUAAGUAUCGUGUUGUGAAUUUAAAUCGAAAAGCAAAUGUUCGUUACAUUUAUUCACAAGAAAGCAAAUUACUUUUCCAAAUGAAACCAUCCGAAUAAAU